AUGUACAAAAAGAAACUGUUGCUCCAAAAGGAUCUGACUGGAGCUGAAGGUCUCGGUGGCUGGAGCCUAUCAGACUCCAGCAGCGAGAACCUGAACCCGCGGCCCCGCAGACCGUCGUCAGGCCAACCGUGCGCUCGCUUCACCCGCAGAGACUCUGGUUAUGAAGCUGCCUCCUCAGCCACCUUCAACCAGGACGACCGCCGCUGCCAAACAGCGGGAGGAGGCCCCGGUGCAGACGUGUUCCCGGCCGGUCAGAGGGAAGACGGUGAGGGCUGGGACCGUGAGCAGGCGAAGCGGCUGGAGGAGAGGAACAAGUGGUUUGAAGCGGGGGCCACCAUCAGUGAGAUGAGCAGCAGGUGGGACUCCAUGGAGCUGAAAAAGGGCAACGACCCCGCUGAAGCUGCAGACUCUGAGGUCAGCAGGAAGUGGGCGGAAUUUGAGACGCUGUCAUUCAGGGACCUGAGCGAGCCGUCUCUCUUUGGACCCCAGGCUUAUCCGUCAAGCACCCUGCAGGAGUCAGAGUCUCCAGCCAGUUCCCAAACUUUCCAUCGAAGCUCUGGAGAGGCUGGUCGCUCCGGCUCACAGACCAGUUUACCCACUUUAAAUGAGGCUGCUUCUCUAAAUGGUGUUGCGAUGCCUCAGAAGAACGCAGCAGCUCUGCAGCAGGAGGUGGAGACCACCAAACAGGAGCGUGCAGCCUCACAGGUGGAGGUGGACAGCCCCUGUGGCCCCGGAGCUCCCUGCAGGGCCAAGCUGGGAGCCAUGGCUGCGGCUCAUCGACAAGCCCUGCAGGAGCUGCAGGAGAAACAUGUCCGGGAGAAGAAGGAGCUGGAAGGAGAGAGAGACCGGCUGCUGCAGGAGAGGAGUCAGGCAGCUGCCAAGGAUAUGGAGGCACUGAAAGCAGCUCACAGGGAGGUGUUGGAGAGGGAGGUGGAGAAGGUCAGGAGGUCCUCUGGUGAAGCAGACCUUGUGGAUUCUUCCUGCAGAGGUCACAUGCCUCAGGCUGACGUCUUGCACGGUGGGUUAAACGUAAUGUCGGAGCGCUUCGCCCAGAAAUGCCUGGAGUUGAACGGAGUGGAGCGGAGCAGCAAGAGCAGAGAGACCACGCUGGAGCUCAGGCAGAGAGAGCUGGAGCAGCUCCAAAGAGAGAACCAGGAGCUUAAGAACAAGCUGGCAGAAGAGAUCAGUCGAAUGCGUUAUUUCAUCACAGGUCAAAGGUCACAUGUGGGAUCUGUUUGCAGAACUGAGGACGCUGCGUCAGAUUUGGAGACGCUGGUGAGAGCAAAGGAACACGAGGUGCAGCACCUUAAAACAGAAAUCAGCUGCCUACAAAGUGAAGUGCAGUCUCUUACCGAGGAGAAGGAGGCGGCCUACACGCUUUACAAGGAGGCCUCCAUGAAGCUGAGUGAUGCGAGGGGGCGGAGCCAGCUGGAGAUGAACUCCCUUAACGAGCAUCUGCGGCUGGUGGACGCCGCGCUGCAGGAGGGAGCGAGACAAACCUGAACGACGGCACCUGAAGGCUGCCUGCAGAUAGAAAACAUGAACUCCACCCAGAAGGUCAACACUACACUGUUGACUGGUAAAGAAAUAAAGAGCA